CUGUAAUUGACCCAUCCCCCUUUUAAAAAGAUUCCCAGACACCGCCAAGCUUCAACAUCUGUCCUCUGAGUCCAGUCCUCGACAACAGCCCAUUAGUGGAGCAAUGGCUGCCCAUUCAAACUCUAUAGUCCUCCUCAGUGUCUCCUAUCAUCCUCGGUGGCCUUCUGGCAGACGAAGGGGGUGUCCCUGGGCAACAGAAAAUCCACCGCCACAAACUAAUGCUGCUCCCUCCUCUGGCACAGCAGUGUGCUCAGGCCUGGGGACUUCCAGUAGGUGGCGCAGCUGGUUCUGGAUUCCCAUGUUGAUGGUAGCCUCGCUGCCAUGUGGGACCUGGGGUGCCACGUUUAAGGUGGCCAUCGUGGGGCCCUGGACAUGCGACCCGCUGUUUUCCAAAGCCUUCCCUGAUCAAGCGGCCCGACUGGCCAUUAGCCGCAUCAACAGAGACCCGUACAUCAGCAAGGGCUACUGGUACGAAUACACCUUGGUGUACGAGGAAUGCCAGACGUCACGUGCCCUGGCCCGCUUCGCCGACCUGGAGAGCUAUGGUUCUGCUUUCCUGGGCCCGGCCAAUCCGGGCUACUGCUCGUCAGCCGCCCUCCUGGGGAAGCACUGGAACAAGGCCGUCCUGUCCUGGUCUUGCCUGAACCCAAAAAUGGAUGGAGGGAUGUACCCCACCUUCCUGAGGCCGAUGCCCCUGGCCUCACACGUGCUGUUCGCCGCGCUGCGUUUCUUCCGCUGGGCGCGUGUGGCCGUUGUCAACUCACGGGACGACCUGUGGAAGGCCACGGGACACGAGCUGGCCUCCUCACUGCGGGCCCUCGGCCUACCCGUCCACACCGUGGUCACCAUGGAAAUGGACGACGACAACGGCGCACGCGAGGCCCUGCAGAAGAUCAGAGAAGCCGACGGAGUACGAGUUGUCAUCAUGUGCAUGCACUCUGUUCUGAUUGGUGGAAAGGCCCAGCACAUGCUCCUGACCACAGCUGUGGACAUGCGGAUGGUGGACAGAGGCUAUGUCUUCAUUCCAUUUGACACACUCCUGUACUCCCUGCCCUAUAAGAAUGCAGAGUACCCCGCCCUCGCAAACAACACCAAACUAAGCCGAGCCUAUGACUCCGUGCUCACGAUUACCAUGGACUCUGGCGAGAAGAACUUCUAUGAGGCCUUUAAGGAUGCUCAGGACAGCUAUGAAAUCCGCAGCAGGGUCCCUCCUGAACAGGUGUCUCCCUUCUUUGGGACCAUCUACAACAUGAUGUACUUCCUGGCCAUGUCGGUGGAGCAGAGCCGCCUGUCUGAGAGUCGCUGGGUUUCGGGAGAGGUUCUGGCCCAGAGCAAGGGUGGUUUCCAGUUCCCGGGGUUCAACCAGCCACUGUCGGCUGGGAGCAACAGGGAGGGCAUGCAGGGGCGUUACGUUGUCCUGGAUACGGAUGGAAAGGGGGCUUCGCUCAGAGCCACACACAUACUGGAGGCCCCCCACACCACUGCAGAAUUUGGGGGGCUGAAGUACCUGGGACGGUCCAUACAUUUCGCCGGAGCCACGCCCAGCAGUGACUCCAACUGCUGGUUCAGCACAUAUAUCACAUGCAGCGAUGGCAUGGGCAGUUUAACACUCUUCCUAAUCUUCCUACUCCUGUGUUUGCUGGUUGGGGGUGGUGCAAUCCUGGCCAACAUUAUUAGACGACGGAUGCCAAUAGGAAUCAUUUAUGGAGGGGGUGGAGGACCUAGCAGCAAAGUUGUGCUGACCCUAGACGAUCUGGUUUUCAUCAACACACAACUCAGCAGAAGGAAACUGAUUGAUGACACCUUUGCAAAGAACAAUAUGGAUGACAAGACGCCUUUCCACUCUGUCUCCGGGAGCAGUUAUGCAGCCAGCACCCCUGAAACAUCCAACGUUGCCGUCUUUGAGGGUGACUGGGUCUGGCUGAAAAAAUUCCCCAAUGCAGUUUCGAUGUCAGAGGUCAAGGAGGACGCCCAGACAGUCUUCAUCAAGCUGCGGGACAUGCGGCAAGAGAAUCUCAACCUGUACCUGGGGCUGUUCUUUGACUUGGGGGUCUUUGCCCUGGUGACGGAGUACUGCACCCGUGGCAGUCUGGAGGACCUGCUCAACAACGAGGACGUCCGACUGGACUGGAUGUUCAAGUUUUCCCUGCUGAUGGACCUCAUCAGGGGUAUGAAGUUCCUUCACAACCGCAACGUCCUUCACGGACACCUAAAAUCCCGGAACUGCGUGGUGGAUGGGCGCUUUGUGCUCAAGGUGACGGAUUACGGCUGCACUGAGAUCCUGGACAGCCAGUGCCUCAGUCUGGAGGAGCAAAAACCUGAGGAUUUGUUAUGGACAGCCCCUGAGCACCUGAGGAACAAAGCAGACAGGACAGGCUCCUUCGCAGGGGACGUCUACAGCUUCUCCAUCAUCAUGCAGGAGGUCAUAUCCAGGAGCUCUCCUUUCUCCACUCUGGACAUGCCUGCUAAGGAGAUCAUCAAAAAUGUGCGAUCCCCCCCUCCGCUGUGCCGGCCCAGUGUGUCCAUGAACCAGGCGCCCAUCGACUGCAUCCAGAUCAUGAAGCAGUGCUGGAGCGAGGAGCCGGAGAAGAGACCCACCUUUGAGGAGAUCUUCAAACAGUUCAAAAGUAUGAACAGAGGAAAGAAGACGAACCUCAUCGACUCCAUGCUGCGGAUGCUGGAGCAGUACUCCUCCAAUCUGGAGGAUCUGAUCAGGGAGCGGACGGAGGAGCUGGAGGUGGAGCGUCAGAAAACGGACAGGCUGCUGGCUCAGAUGCUGCCCAAAUCAGUGGCCCAGGCUCUGAAGACAGGAAACCCUGUCCAGCCAGAAUACUUCUCGGAAGUCACCCUGUACUUCAGCGACAUCGUAGGCUUCACCACCAUCUCAGCCCUGAGUGAGCCCAUCGAGGUUGUGGACCUGCUCAACGACCUCUACACCCUCUUCGAUGCCAUCAUCGGACAGCAUGAUGUCUACAAGGUGGAGACCAUUGGCGAUGCCUACAUGGUAUCCUCAGGGGUACCGAAUCGCAAUGGAAGCCGCCAUGCUGCGGAGGUGUCCAACAUGUCUCUGGACAUCCUGCACUGCAUUGGGGCCUUUCAGAUGAGACACAUGCCUGACGUUAAGGUCAAGAUCCGCAUUGGCCUGCACACUGGUCCAGUUGUGGCUGGAGUGGUGGGCCUCACAAUGCCUCGGUACUGUCUAUUCGGAGACACUGUCAACACAGCCUCCAGAAUGGAAUCCACAGGACUACCUUACAGAAUCCAUGUGAACCAGAACACAGUGGACGUCCUACAUAGUUUGAACAUGGGCUACAAGCUGGAUACCAGGGGCUUGACAGAGCUGAAGGGUAAAGGGAUUGAAAACACAUACUGGUUGGUUGGGAGAGAAGGGUUCACAAAACCACUGCCUGUACCUCCAGACCUUACACCAGGUGCAAGCAAUCACGGUAUCAGCCUGGAUGAAAUUCCACCGGAUCGAAGACAAAAAUUCAUCGAUCGGCAGAAUAAGAUGAAUAAACAAUAACAGUCGUCCAUGCAGACUGGAAACACCUUUUCCUCGCUGUCCUUCUCCCACCCGGCUCUCAGCCACACAUUUCCAUGAAAAGUGGGGGAAACGGGAACCCAACCUCCACAAAAUGUGGACUGUGACACACCAAAGAGCAUGCACAAACAGAGAGCUGGCUUUCAGCUGAGUGAUGCAAUUAAGCCACCAAUGUAAAAUCACUUAAACAGGUGUUGGGCCACCAUGGGCGACCAGUACGGUUUGUAUGAACCAUGGCAUAUGGUUAUGUUUACCAUUACCAAGAAUUUCAAAAUAAACUCACUUAAAUUAGGCCUGGUUGAUGGAAGUGGACAACGCUGCCUCAGGUAUUAUAGCAAAAUAGGCCAUAAAUGCUCAGUUGGGUUCAGACCCGUGACAGAAGAAAGCCAUGACUCAUGGGUAGUGUCAUCACUCGUGGAUUGUGUCAUGUGAUGAAGAUGACUACAGUCAAUGCCAGGAAAAUGCACCUUGCACUUAGAUGGAACCGCCAUUCACUCCGAAACAUUUUAUUCAAUGGUAGUCUGACUCACAGGAUAUAGACUGUGGGUAUAAGCCUGCCAUUGGUUACUGUUUUUGUAAGGGCACUGUCGCGGCAUCCUGGGCUUAGUGCCGCCCAAGACGAUUGUGAUUUGUUUAAAGAAAUACAAACAAGCCAGAGCGUUUUUUUCCGCUAUAGGGGAAUGAUAAUGGGUUGAGCCAGAACUUUCUCCAGUGCUGGCACAGUGCUGAAACGAAGUGUGGAGAUAGGUCUGGCUGUGCGAGACUAAUUCAAUGGUAACUUUUUUGUUACCAUUAAAUUUCUCAACACAAGGGACCAGACUUUCAAAGAUCAAAAAAGGACUGGUGGCCAGCAGCCAGCAAUUAUUGUAACGCUUUAGUCAGUUUUGUUUUCCAAUAUGGUGCUCAUGGUGCUUUCGUCUUUUGAUACAUUAAAUUUAUUGCAUGCUCACCAGCGGAGUGAAUUUUCAGAUGUAAACUGAAAAGGAAGUAUCAGGUCACCUGAUUUUUUAAAUGAUACUGUAGCUACCUAAUUUGCAUAAAUAAAUUAUACCUUUUCUUGGAUUUGUACCAGUGCAGGUGGGUGGUGAUAAAAUGUGAAGUGGAUUUGCAUUUUAACUUGCUGGCAUCAUUCCAUCUUUCAACUCAUAAUAAGUAUAUUGCAUGAGUAUAAUCUUUCAGAGUGGCUCUCUUAUUUUGAUUUGGCACAAUUUAUUUAAAUUUUACAUACUGUAAUUUCAUUUCACAUGCUUGAUUUGUUAAUGUUUUUAUAGAAACAAGAUAUGUAGAAAACUAACAUUAUAAUAAGGUGCAUAAUCUAAGUCAUAAAAUGUUUGGGUAAAUUGGUGUGUAAUAUUUCUUCUUUAUAAAUGCAGCACCUGGUGAUGUCUAUGGGUCAGAAUCUUCAAACAGUCAUUGCAUGUAAAGGAUACUAAAAAUAACUACUUUCAUUUACAUAACAUUAAUAUGUCCCAAAUUAUGUGGUGCCCUGAAACGAGGGCUAUGUAUAAAUAGUGCUUUAAUUUAUUCAUGGUGAAACCAAAAUGUAUAAAAAUACCCUUUAAUAAAAUCAGAACAUCUCUACUUUA